AUGUCGCGUUCUCGGAUGAAAUCCCAAAGCAGUUCGCAAACUCAGGAAUUAAAGACUUUGUCGACUACGUCAAAAGUGGUCCUCUUCGAUAUGAAUUUUUUGAUUUCACAGAACCUCUCUACCCUAAACAAGUAUGUGUGUUAUACUAUGCAAGCCCUGUUGAUAAUGUUGCUUGAACCAUCACCGGAACCAUUGGAGAUGCCAUUGAAUGUUCCUUAUCCUCGUUGGCUUGGUCUUUUCUUGUAUCAAAAAGAAGGUUAUGUUGAAAGUCAUGGAAUUAUUAUUCCAAUUCCUGUCCUUUCCUCGAAAAUUAUCUAUGCUGCUCUAUUGAAGGAUCAUUUGCCUUUUCCUACAAGGAUGCAAAUGUGGACUGAAAAACCCUAUGUUAUUGAAUCGUCAUACUUUGAAGAGGAUAAUAGCUCUGAUGAUGCUAGUGAUGAAGAGAACAAUGAUGAUUCUGGUGAUGAAGAAUAUAAUGAUGAAGAUUCAAAAGUUGGUAAUAAAGAAGGGGCCGAUCAGGAAGAAGGCAGUGAUAAAAAUGAAGAAGACUGA